AUCACAUUUGAAGCAGUGAACGUGUCUCUUCAAGUUGGUGAAAUGGAAAACAUGGCAGUCUUAAUCAGUGUACUCACUUUAGUAGUGGUAUCCUCGGUGGAUUCAACACCUAUAUUGGUGAACAUAAACUUAGCAUCAGGGAGUACAAAACUCAUCCAGUCAUUGAAUUACCCAUCUAACUACACUAAUUAUCUGGAUUAUACUUGGAAAGUCAGUGCUCCUGAUGACCAUUCAGUUGAGGUCAUAUUCAGAGACUUUGCACUGGAAGAAGGUUACGACUUUCUUUCGGUUGAGUAUAAUCAUUCAGAAAGCAGUGGACAAGGCAUCCUCCUGGCGAACCUGACAGGCUCAACGUAUCCUACACAUCUUACCUCUCCUGUUAACAAUCUAUGGGUUCGAUUCACAUCGGACUACAGCAUAACAGCCCCUGGGUUUUCUAUCAAAGUUAAGGCAGUUCCAUUGACAGAUGCAGUUACAACCGAAAGCAUCGCAACAUCUUUAGAAACAGUUUCCCAGUCAACAACAUCCCCAAGUCUGUCCACAUCACAUCAUACAGACCCAACCGUUUUGUAUUUAUCUGAGGACCAAACCCUCUUGACAACAAUGGAAACAGCAUCCACUGGAGGUGUGUCAGGGGAUCAAGAAAUGGUCGAACAUUCUACAGGGUCAGCUCAAGAAAGGACCGCUUCAUCUGCAUCAGAUAUGUUGUUUUCAACUGAUACAAUAGGCUUAACAACGAUGGAAACAGCUCCCACAUCAAUGCAGCUGAUGGACGAUGAACUGGUAACCACUGACACUAUCCCUGCAACUUCACCCGUUGUUUCAAAGAUUUCCGCGCACUUGACAUCUACGGACACCACUUUUGAGAUGAUUGGCACAGUAACUCCUGAAGAUUCAUCUCAAUAUUCUACACAGUCAAACCUACAAACGACUAUUACUCCUUCAUCAGGGUCCACUAUUCCAAUGACAUCAAGUGACACAACCUCCCUACCAUUGCAGACAUUAACAAUGAUGACAGAGUCAGACUCAAAUAGACAGUCUGAGUCAACUCUAGAAACCAGCACAGAGUCCACUGUUUCAUUGAACCCAAGUGAUACCAAGCAGACAACGGAAGAAACAAAUGUUGUUUCAACAGAAGUGAAAGAUGAGUUCACCUUUGGAACGAUCAAGAGCACACACAUGUACAUGCAGACGUCGGGUAUCCCAACACAGGCCUCCUAUGAAGACACAACCCUACCAUACGAUAGUUUUACUUCUAGAUUAUAUUCAGACAUAUUUCAUUUGACAAACAAUCCUUCAGACGCACCUGAUGCACAAACCUCGCAAGAAUGGGAAGAACCAACGACAUUUAUUGCACAAUCCCUACCAGAGGUAUCAGAGGACCCUGAAACGCCACCUUUAUCAACAUCGGCGAUAGGUGCAUCCAUCCAAUCGCAAACUCACGAUGCCUCCACCACCCAAGGAAUGAUGAAGUCAGUCUCUAUUACCGCAACAUCUUCGGAUUCGAAUACAGCACUAAUCUCAGCUUCCGAAGCAACAAUUAGAAGCACAUCAUCCUCAACAAUAGAACCAAACGUUGAAACCACAGAGUCCGAAUCUACCCAGUUACCCGGCACAACCAACCCUGCAGAUGUGGAUAUUAAUCUGGAAUCUGGAGAUUCUAAGACGGUGCAAUCUCCGAAUUAUCCAUCUAACUACGAUAAUAAUCUUGACUAUUCAUGGUACAUCACCGCCCCACCUGACCAUACAAUAAACAUUGAAUUCCAGGACUUCUAUUUGGAAACAGGAUAUGACUUUCUUAGGUUUAAGUACGAUUCCUCUGAUGGUUAUAGUAGUCGUACAUCAAUAGCUGAUAUCACUGGAACAUCCUAUCCGUCUGCUCUUGUAAGCCCUGUCAACAACUUAUGGAUUCAAUUCACGACAGAUAGCUCCAUAACUAAAAUGGGGUUUUCAAUAGUUGUUAAUGCUGUUGCCACAACUGCAGCGCCAACCUCAACUACUGCUGGAUCGUUACAACCAUCAUUUUCGACAACGGUUGCAGAAACAUACGUUCACCUAACAUCGGGAAAUUCCCAGACGAUCCAGUCACGAAAUUACCCAUCAAACUACGAUAAUGACAUUGAUUCUAUCUGGUACAUUACUGCUCCAUUGAACUAUACGAUAAGGGUAGACUUUGGAGAUUUCAACCUUGAAACAAACUAUGACUUUCUUGUGUUCGAGUAUGAACCAUUCCCUGGUUCUAGUAGCUAUAUCACACUAGCAAAUCUUACUGGAACUUCUUAUCCGUCGUACUUGGAAUCUCCUUCAAAUAAUUUAAGGAUAAACUUUAUCACAGACUAUAGCAUCACAAAAACAGGGUUUUCGAUUGGAGUCACCGCAGUAUCAGCGGCUGGUAUGAUAUUAUCAACUGGUGCUACAUCAACAUCAAAGACAGCUUCUCUCACAUCCAUUGUAAACACAUCGCCCGUCGAAGAUACCUCAUAUAUUUUUACCUCUACUGAUGGUGCAUUAAGUUCUGAAGUGAUGACCAUGUCAACACCAGAACAUUCUACUACGUCAUCCAAUGCAAUGGUAUCGCUUAACUCUGGUAGUUCUGCAGACAUGGAUAGAACGACCAGUCCUGAAUACUUAUCAGACUUUCAUUUAACUGAGCCGAGAUCAGAUGUCACUACAUCUGAUGAUUUAGCUGUUGCCACUACCUCAACAUCCUUCACAGCAAACAUGGCAAAUGAAAUUACGUCUGGCACAACUCAGCAAAUAGACGUAGUUUUGAGCGAAGAGUCGACUCAAACACCGGAACAGUUUGGUUCAUCACCAUCACAUUCAUUCAUGUCAGUAAUUUCAGAGUUUCUUACUACGACGGAACCUACAACCACCUCGUCACAGGCUAUCGAUGUACAGACGACUCCACUUGUUUCGCAAAUGACAACACCAAACACCGCUAUCACGUCACUGCCAUCUCAAUCACAUUCUCCUGCAAUGCCUAUGUCUACAUUUACAGAGCAAACCUCGGAUACUCCACAAACAACAGAAGAAAUUUUGACUUCGUUGACUCCGACAACUUCUGACUCUAUAUAUUCAUUUUCUUCAAUAAUAAUAACGACGCCCAUAAAUUUUCAGACAUCUGUUUUACAGACUGAUGAAGCUUUGAUCGAAUCAACCUCGAAUAUCAUCACCAAACGAUCUGAGACAGUUGCGCCGGUGAGCCAAGAGUACGCUUCCACGGAAUUAUCGUCUAUCUCAUCUCAAACGAGACCAAACGUAGGGACUACUACUGGCUCCGAAGAUGGGAUCGGGUCAACCUCGAAUAUCAUCACCGAACGAUCUGAGACAGUUGCGCCGGUGAGUCAAGAAUACAUUUCCACGGAAUUAUCAUCUAUCUCGUCUCAAACGGCACCAAACGCAGGGACUACUACUGGCUCCGAAGAUGGGAUCGGGUCAACCUCGAAUAUCAUCACCGAACGAUCUGAGACACUUAAUCCAGUGAGUGAAGAGUACGUUUCAACGGAAUUAUCAUCUAUCUCAUCUCAAACGACGCCAAACGCAGGGACAACUACUGGCUCCGAACAUGGGAUCGGGUCAGUCUCGAAUAUCAUCAUCGGACGAUCUGAGACAGUUAAUCCAGCGAGUCAAGAGUUUGUAACCACUGUAACUUCAUCCAUGUUAUCGCGAUCAACAUCUGCAGGGAAUCCCGAAGUUUCGAUGGAGUCAAUCUCGAAGAUCACUUACACAAAUUCUGAAUUACCAUUAAGCCUAUUAGUUAACUCAGAAUUUGCAACCGGAAGCACGCCAUUGACAUCUAAGACAACUGAUAUACCGAAUCCGGGAGAAGUAACCUCUUUGAGCUCGAGAGUCCCUACUAGACGACCAACAUUGAACACAGAUUCUGCUCUGUACGAUGAUACACCGUUUACCAGUACACCUUUGAAUUCGAUGAGGACUUCGAUGUUCACACUUCAGUACACAAACCGAAGCAUGAUGAAGGAGUACAGCUUAUCAACUUACCAAAACGCCACGACUGUAAAAUGUGGCAAGGAAUGUUUAACACAUCCAAUGUGCGACUCGUUUGCCAUCAACAAGCAAAUGAAUAAGUGCAUCCUCGGGCUACAUACCGCUGUCGUUGGACAUAUUUAUGAAGAAAUUAAUUCAUUCAUAUACGUAGCAACCAUCAAGUAUUCAUGAGAAUCUAAUGUUUUUGUUUUGAUGAGAUAUUUCAGUCUGGAGCGUCAUGGUGUUAUUUAUUUCAGGAAUUUAUACGAUAGUUUGUCUGAGGUUAAUAGAUUGGGCCUGUGGGGAGGGACAUGCGUGAAGGGGAGGGGUAGCUUGAGAUGAUGAGAAUUAUGAAAUGCACAUCGCAUUAUUUUCUAAGAAACAGAGGAAUAUAAGCAAGCGAAAUUAUACAUUAAUAUAAUUGUUGAAACUAUAUAUACAGUAAGUGCAUA